AUGUCUGAAUUGUAUCGCCCAGAUCGGCCAAAUUGUGAAGUUGUGCGCUGGGCCGAGCGCUUCAAACAGAUCCUCACCCAAAAACACAACCCCAUCACCCAGUCCGAGACCCAAAGCGGCUUCCACCCACUCAAGUACAAUAUUGUUCUUGAAAGGAGGAUUUUCGAAGAGAAGAGCCCUUAUGAGGUCUGCAAGUUUGUGCACCACGAUUACAACGAAAUCAUCAUUCUCGUCGGUUGCAGUAAAAAGCCUACCACCAAGCUGCCCACAGCAGUGUGGUUGGACGCAAGAGCGCAUGAAUUGUGUGCUGAGACUGACUCCAGAUUGCCGUCUGAUAAAGGUCUCUAUGUUGCCAAGGUGUGGCUGGGUCACGUACACUUUUUCAGGGCUGUGCGUUCAUUCGGUAAUUGUUAUGCUAUGCAUCCCAUUGUUAGGGGGGACAGAUGGCUACUGGAUGGGGAUACCAAAAUGGUCUAUGAGAUCUUGAAUGAGAUCAGAGCGCAGUUUGGCUUUCCUGCACUCCAUGAACCUUUUGUGCGGUUGAGCUCGUUGGAGAACUAUGAGGUUCUUGCGGAGACCUCCAGGAUCAUGUCUGAGACUGGCCCGAAGGUUAAUUAUCGUAAUUGGUUUACUGAUACCGAUCAUGAGGGAAAUACUGUGGUUGAAAAUCAGAUGAAAAAGGAGCACUAA